CUUUAAUCUCAAAAUUUAUAGCAAUAACAAUAUUUUAGAGUAAACACAAAAGUAUCUUUCAACACUACUGAACAAAAAGUGUUGUUAAUUUUAAAAGCAUGCGCAAAAGUGUUGCUAACUUGAUUAUUGUUUGUAAGUAAGCGUUACUUUAGACUUUACCCAUUUUUCGAUCGGUUUCAGAAUAACCAUGUUGCACAUCAUUAUUAUUGUGGCACUUGCAGUUGUGGUAGUGAUCCACAAGGAGCAAAUUGUAGGGCCAAAAAAGUUUUUGCGCAUCGUCACAAGAAAAGUGAACUUUAAGCCUCAGGACCAAAUAUUAAGCGCAAUUGUGAUCACCGAUAAUAGUCUAUCGAAGGGCGGAACAGCUUUUCUACUCAAAGGAGGACCACCUGCCAGAUUUGCGAUGAUUGCUUUCCGAUCCGAUCGAAAUCACGGUCUGAAUUGGAGAUAUAUGCCUCUGAUUUAUGCGUUGCAUGUACAAAUACAGGUUAAUUUCCUUAAAAAUGUAUCAAUAAUUAGAUUAAAUAUUUCUUACUGUGUACUCAUUCCAAGCGAAUUCCUGCAGCAGGACGAGUUCAGUGGAGGACAAACCCUCGUCUGGAUUUGAUGGCCAUGGCGGCGACAUAUUACUUCCUUAUUUGUGGGCCGUGCCGCCCGGCGAACUUUCACCUUUCUCCGUCACGCUCCAAAAAGUGAAACAUUAGGAGCAGAAAUCGCAUUGUGUGUGUGUGUGUGUGCGGCAUAAGUGUGUGUGCGUGUGUUUCGCAUUAAAACAAUGACGAGGCGCAAACAUUUUUAGCGCUGACAGCGAGCCAAACAUCCGCCAGAUAAAAAUGCCCGCGAACAAGCACACAAAUUUGAUUGAAUCAACGGCGGCGCAUCGUCCUGUCCUGUGCCGUCUAUAUCCCUCGUCCUGGCCAUUGUUUCCCCCCGAACCGAUGGUGUCCUGCCCUCUUGCUAGUCGUUCUGGGAUGAUAAUGAUAAGCGCAUAAAACCAUUAAGUGAUUCCACUCAAAUGAGCACGUUAGGAGGACUGCGUUGCUUGUUUGGACCGAAUUAUUCGCUUACUGGCUGAUCUACCAUAGCGUACACUUAGCAAAAAUUAUUUUAGAAUAUUCUAAUUAAUAUUUUGAGUGUAUUAUAUAAAAACGCACAAUAGUACUAAGCUUGUAGUUAAGGAAUAUUUUAUUUAGAUUACCUAAAAAGUCUAUGCAUACCAAUGCUAAAUUAAAUGUAUUCACCUUAUUACAUAUGAUAGAUUUGGAUUCACUGUAGUCGCAUCCACUAAUUGAAUAGCUCACAAAGGCAAAACCCUCGCU